AUGGUGGACGAAGUGGAGUAUUCGCAGUUCUUGGCGGUUCAUAAAGGCCAGUUGAUAAUGGCCGACAUUCCCGAGCAGUAUUGGACAACUUUACAUAAAAAGCUAAAAAAUGAGGCAAGUUUCAUGCCAGUUAGUGAAUACAUAGCCGAAUUUCGUCAUUAUUUUUCAGUGUUGCGAGUAGUGAGUGCACGUGGUAUUUGUAGUGUUAAAGGACAUUUGCGCAAGAAUAUCCUCACAUUGAUUUUCUGUAGUCAUUUAGGGUUAUACCGUUAUUACCGUAUUGCUGAUCAGGUCCAGUUUGUUCGGAAGGUGGAUAACUAGUCCACUGGAUAAAUCUCUGUUCAGUGGGUAACGCAAUAGUAUCGGUUUCCCUAGGCCUAAGCUUACUUAUCUGAAGGAUAACAAUAAUAUUUUCCCGGUGAAUAACACUAUCCAGCGUUUGAGCAUCACUACGCAAUGCCUGUUAUUCACCAAGACAAGCAGGUUGGUUGCAUUUGGUUUCUUGGAUUUUCAAUCCCAAAGCCAAACUUCUUGGUUAUUAUGUUUGAUCUGCUUGCUCUUGUUUGGCAACACUCAAGUUCUAUAUUUUUGGGUAUGAAGAGGGCAAAUUUCUGCCAGUAGGUUCUUACAUGUACACGCUAAGUAACUGAACCCUUUUACUCUUAUUGCACUAUAAAAGGAGUGUAUUGAUUUAGUGGUAUUAAUUUUUAUUAGAUUUAUGAUGCUGGGUCAUACUUUACAAUGGCUGCAGAUGAAGAGGGAAGUCUGAGAGUUUUUGUGACCACUGAUGAUGGAAUAAAGACCUCCGAUCCAGACUGGUGAGAAACAUACAAUCAUCUCAUUUUAUCUGGGACUGAUACCCACCCUAAGUGUUCUAAGUGGUGUUAAUAUCAAGGGACUCUGCCAUUAGUGGAGAGGGGGGUGGGGUACUCCCUAUAUUGCCUAUAUACAGUAGGGAGGCUCCACCCAGAAGGGAUAUCAUUCUUUUCCAGACUUCUGGUACAUAAAAGGGAUUAUAAGAUUUCACUUUGGUAGUAUAUGAAAGGUUAGACUUUCAAUUUGGCUUUAAAAGAGCUUUCUUUUAAGUUUUUUGAAAAUAAACAUCUAAUAGCUGUAAAAAUGCCCUAAGAACCUCCUGUUUUAGCAGUUUUGUUCAUAUUAAAAAGAUGGGGCCUUUACUGCAGUUGAAAGAGAUGCUGCAGUUUUUCCUUUUAGCAGGGCUUCUGAUAUUUCGCGCGGUCGCGGACCCACGAAAUUCAGGUAUUUCCACGAAAUCCCGCGAAAUUCCCCCAAAAAACGCGAAAUACCGCGAAAUCCGCCAGAAAUAUUUCCAAAUACAUGUCGGCAAAACAUAUUUAACACUUAUCUUGGCUAUUAGACCGGUUUUAUUCACCCCAAACGUCCAAAUUUAGCUUGAAACUUCGUCACUGCAACGAGUAAACAACGUCCCAAAACUACCAGGCAUUUUUAGAUGAACGUUGCGAAAAACUGGGCACUAACCAUAAUGUUAAUAGCUUUAACAUUCGCUCAUUUCUCGUCUCGAGCGAACUGUUGUUGAAAGAGCAAAUGAUUAUCCCUGUUAAAAAAAACAUUCUCCAACGCUGGUCAUAUCGACGCAAAAUUGAUCAAUUCUAGCGAAAUUUGCCAAAAAAAACCCCAGCGAAAUCGGCUGUUUUUUACUGAUUGUUUCUUGGCGAAGUUUCCCCCCGAAAUUUCCCGUGAAAUCGGCCGAUUUUCAAAAUGGGCCGAUUUUUCUGCGAAUUUUGACUCUUCUCCCGUGAAAAUCGCCCGAAAUCGGCCGAUUGUUCCGCGAAUUUUGAUUUUUUUUCCCGCGAAAAUCCCGCGAAAUCGGCCGAUUUUUCUGCGAAUUUGCCCCUGAAAAUCACGCGAAAUUUUGCCUUUUUUUCUGCGAAAUAUCAGAAGCCCUGUUUUAGAUAUGUGAAUUAGAAAGCAAAGGGGAAGCAAUGGUUCAGCGUAUUUAAAAGGCGUACCUUUUUUGUCAAAAAUGGUGUAUAAGAGGGGAAAGGGAACAGUGCUAAAAAAUCUAUGUUUUUUAAGUCCCACACUGAGAUCAAUGGUCAGCAGAAACUUAAGAAAACUUACUACACUUCUUGUUUUAGGGCAUGAAUGUGCCACAAAUACCCGGAAAGCAGUGGUUUCUCCAGGUUGGACGCUAUGCUACAAGCAACUGUUCCAAAAAGAUAAUUAAUAUCCGUCCAUGGCACUGGAUGAUGGCAUGGUCAAAAGGGUUGCUCACAGUGGUUUCUCUCCCUUCAAAGCAUAGCAUCCGUCCUGGAAAAAAACACUCACCAAUAAUCUAUUCUUGGAAGAUAAUUGACAUUGCUUGAUAGUGCCAUUUAAACAUCUGAGCUCUUUUUAAUGUUAGCUUGUGAUUUCCGUAGAUUAAAAUAGUUCAAAUCUGCUUUUGUUAUUAGUGUUUUCUUAAUUGAUCAUUCUUGGACCUAUGAAGUGAACUAUGCUCGAUCCCAGCUUAAAGCAGUCCCUGGCCUGGCGGACAGGAUGGCCUUAUUAAUGGGAGUAACAAGUAAGUCACUUAACAUGGGUGUAUUCGGCAGGAGGCCAUGAAGGGGAGGGGGGGGGGUCACCCUUUUGUCUAAAAGUGUGUUAAAUAACCUUCUCCAUCCCAAGAUGGUGUCACAUUAAAUCCCAACCUCUCUGCCCCACAAUAACCACUUUCUCCAACAUAUCUAUCAAGGAGAGAUGCAUCUGUGCAUGGAUAUUUUAUUGAACAACAAGCUUGAAUUUAAAUAAAGUAUUUCUGAUAUAGCCAAAACAUAAUCUGUUUAUGUAGGAAGAAGCAAGUGAUCUUGAGGGAAGGGAUUAGCACUCAGAACUCAAUAUUGGUUUCAUCCAGCCCACUCAUGGAGCUGCUAUUUUUUCCUAUGUAAUAAACAGAAGUGUAAUAUUUCUUGAUGUACAUGUGUACCAGCUACUUUUAUGCCAUUGUGGAUAGUCAGAAAUAAAUUAAUAAUUAUUUUCUUUAAUAAAAGAAGAAACUACAUGUACAUGUACUUCACUGUGUGUAUGUUGCAGGUCAAUUUCAUUUACUUGUAAUGUUAAUUUUUAUUAAAAAUGUACAUUGGUUAUAUAGUCUCAAUUCCCUUUGUCUCCUAGUUUUAGAACACAAGGAAGUUGAGAAUCAAGUUGCGUUAAAAACUUUUACAUGGACGUGCACAUACAGCAAAGUAGUUGUCAAGCAAAAUUCUCACAGUUUUAUUUUUGUUUCUAUUAAUAACCAUUAGAUGGAGAAUCCAGUGCAAUGAGUGAAGAAGACAAAAUUGAAAAAAUCUUUGAGAAAAUGUGGAGGUUUGUUAUUUAUUUAUAAGAAAUUUAGUUUAAGUUCACAAUUUGCUGUCUUGCCUUUGUCUUGUAGCUUUAAUAAUGUAUUCUAAGAAGCAUUAUUUUGUUAUAUUAUUUUCCUAUAAGUAUCAUUUUUUUUACGUGUACCCCAUAUUUAUCAUCAAUGGUUUUUUCACCAUGAUGGGCAACAAAGAUUCACAAUUAACUUCUCUGUAUAUGUUGUAGUUAAGUUUUUCUCUGGUUUUUAAUUGUUUUUCUUUUGUUUUAAGGUAUGGUAAUGUGUGCUAAUGAAGUUGAAACAAAAGAAAAAUUAAAAAUUAACUACAAUAUAUAUUAACAGCAAACAUCCUCCAGAUUAGGCCAACAUUCUGCUUAAGAGCAUUCGCUGGGAUUUUAUAUCUCAAUCAAAAAAAGAAAAAAAAAUUGGAAUGAAUAGUAAUAUUCAUUGUUCUUCUGGGAAAGAAAGUGUUUUAACUAUGUUCUGGUACAUGUAUCCUUACGCAGGACAAGAGAAUAUAAACUCUAAUUAUCUCAGUUUGCACUUUAGUGGAGAAUACAAUCACAUUCAUCAGUCAGAUUUCUGUGAUGUUAUUGUAACUGAAAAAAAAAACCAACAACAACAACAACAACCUAAAAUGCAGUCAAGGGGUAUAGAAAGUGCUUAAUUAAAAGUUUCAAGGUUAUCUAUUCAAACCAACCAAAUUCAUAGCAAAUUUUUAAAGUUUUUGCAUUUGCAUGCUGGAAUUUGUAAAAAUUCUAAUUUUUUUUAAGUUUAAAAACAAUGAAAAUUCCUUGUAAAUGUGACCCCUACAUGUACAUGUAUAUAAACCUAAAUUAUAAAUUGCUUCUCUUUCAGUUAUAAUCACAGUUACCGUAUAAAGAUGAUUGUAAGUACAUUUUGUAUUCUUCUAACACAAAUGUAAAUGAAGUACAGUGAAACCCACGUAUAAGAACCUAGAUUUGUCCAACUUAACCUAAAUAGGUUCUUAUAGAAAUUUUACUUAGUGGGAUUUUGGGCUACUUAGGUUCUUAAAUAGGUUCUUAAUUUGAUAGGGGCACUAGCGAUCAACACAGAUAACUACUACAGGGUAUAUGUGAUAUGGAAUAUGUUGCUGUACUAAAUAAUUAUCUAGAAUACAGUUUAGAUGUUAACCAUGCAGAAAUUUUAUCUUUCCAAAGUACUAGCAUGAAUGUCUUUCAUGCUGCGGUGUCCAUAAAGUGCUGUGUUACGCUUUGAAUCUUAGUGACUGAAACCUAGACUUAAUUUUUUUUUCCGGCUGUAUUUUCUUCGCUGCCUUCAUUUUUGUAAAAUAAGAACCUAUUGAAAAUUUUAGGCUAAGUAGGUUCAUAUGAAAAGGGGUUUAAAAUAAAAAUUUUAGCCUAACAGGUUCUUAAAUUUUAGGUUCUUAUAUUAUAGUCAACUCUCUCUCAAAGACGGACAGCAUGGGGACCGGCUCUGACUGUCUGUCCUAGAGAGGUGUCUGGCUUAUGUAAAGCUGAACCCAUUCACAAGGAAUACAAGUCUUGUCAGACAAGAAAGUUUGCUCUACUUUGUCUUUCUUCAUGCAAGGGUGAAAAUGAGUAUCGGCAAAACUGACCAAGAUGCCACCAUGAGGUACAACUGUAGAGUAGCAAUUUUUUGGCGUGCUUCAUGUUAAAGAGUUGGUGAGGACACUGGGGUGGGAGCCCAGGGGGUGUGCAGGAGGCUGGAGAUAAAAGGGUGUUUAAGGUGGCUGAACACAGUUUUGGCAGUUUGUGAGUGUAUUCAUUUGCCAAAUCAUGGCAAGAGAAAGGUUGCAGCUCACAAGCUGAAACUUGGCAAGUGAAAAAUAUACUGAUGAAAGAUUUUGAUUGACAGGUAAAAUUUGACGUUUUCAUAGUUUCCAUGACAACAUGAAUGAUUGAAUACAACUUUAAAAUUCCUCUUUUGGUCAGUUUACAUAAAAUUCUCUCAUUAGAUUUUCCUAUAAACUUGCACACAGCUUACUAUAGUUAAUCAUUACCACUUGAAACUUAUUUGACCAGAUUUUUCCUCUAACGAUUUUCAUUGAAUCAUCUAACGGAUGACUAACGGACAGCUAACGGUCUAACCGUUUAACGAAAUAUCGUUAGUGUACGUUUUCCCAAAGAAGGUCACAAAUAGGUUCUUAUAGAAAUAUUACUUAGUGGGAUUUUGGGCUACUUAGGUUCUUAAAUAGGUUCUUAAUUUGAUAGGGGCACUAGCGAUCAGCACAGAUAACUACUACAGGGUAUAUGUGAUAUGGAAUAUGUUGCUGUACUAAAUAAUUAUCUAGAAUACAGUUUUGAUGUUAACCAUGCAGAAAUGUUAUCUUUCCAAAGUACUAGCAUGAAUGUCUUUCAUGCUGCGGUGUCCAUAAAGUGCUGUGUUACGCUUUGAAUCUUACUGACUGAAACCUAGACUUAAUUUUUUUUUUCCAGCUGUAUUUUCUUCACUGCCUUCAUUUUUGUAAAAUAAGAACCUAUUGAAAAUUUUAGGCUAAGUAGGUUCAUAUGAAAAGGGGUUUAAAAUAAAAAUUUUAGCCUAACAGGUUCGUAAAUUUUAGGUUCUUAUAUGAAGGGUUUUACUGUAAUAUAGUCAACUCUCUCUCUAAGACGGACAGCAUGGGGACCGGCUCUGACUGUCUGUCCUAGAGAGGUGUCUGGCUUAUGUAAAGCUGAACCCAUUCACAAUGUCAGACAAGAAAGUUUGCUCUACUUUGUCUUUCUUCAUGCAAGGGUGAAAAUGAGUAUCGGCAAAACUGACCAAGAUUCCACCAUGAGGUACAACUGUAGAGUAGCAAUUUUUCGGCGUGCUUCAUGUUAAAGAGUUGGUGAGGACACUGGGGUGGGAGCCCAGGAGGUGUGCAGGAGGCAGGAGAUAAAAGGGUGUUUAAGGUGGCUGAACACAGUUUUGGCAGCUUGUGAGUGUAUUCAUUUGCCAAAUCAUGGCAAGAGAAAGGUUGCAGCUCACAAGCUGAAACUUGGCAAGUGAAAAAUAUACUGAUGAAAGAUUUUGAUUGACAGGUAAAAUUUGACGUUUUCGUAGUUUCCAUGGCAACACAAACGAUUGAAUACAACUUUAAAAUUCCUCUUUUGGUCAGUUUACAUAAAAUUCUCUCAUUAGAUUUUCCUAUAAACUUGCACACAGCUUACUAUAGUUAAUCAUUACCACUUGAAACUUAUUUGACCAGAUUUUAACAGACGGGUUUUUAGAUAAUCAAUAAUAUAAUAUUGUACUAUAAUUAUUAAAUGUGUCACAAAAUUCGUCUGUUAAACUUCCAUUUUAAAUUCUCAUUAAUUAAAAUAUGAUAAAAGUAAAAAUUCUGCCAAAUAUGAGAAAAUUUUAAUGAGUAGAUUUUGAGAAAUAAUCUUCUGUGUACCACUGCUUUUUCGCAGCCAUGUUUGUUUGUCUAAUUUAAAACACGUGCCCUCACGCGAGUUACCGCUGACCGCCCACAAAACUGUGUUCAGCCACCUUAAGGAUGUAAAGCAAGUGAAAUAAGGGUACACUAAUUAUUUUUGUAAAUUAUGCCGAUGAUACUUAAUAUAUAUCUUGUUUUUUCUUCUGGUCAUUAAAGGGUUACGAUGCCAGUGGCCUGGUUUAUGAAAAGGAUUAUGAUAAAGAUGAAGAAUAUUCUCCUCUGUGGUUUGUCAUGGAUGAGUUUGGUUCUUGUAUAAGACAUUCAGAUGAUCCAACUUUUGGCAUGAGCUUUAUGAGUUAUGUUCCUCUUGGAAUAUUUUUCUCAAUAAUUUGGCCAUUGAAGGAUCUGGAAUAUGGAGGUUUGUUUCAGGCAAACAACAAAUGUUUAACUUCACAUGUGAUGAACGUAAUGUUUAUAAGCAAGAACAAUAGAUUUUGCUCUCUUAGUAGUUUUAGGUUCAUCACAUGUCAAGUUUGAUGUUUGACCUGGUGUGCAUUUCUCAAAACACCCGAAGAGUUUGCAGGGAUAAAAGUGUUUUUUUUUUCAUCCAUUUUUUUAAUGAUCCUUGGGAGUUUUGUGCAAAGUAGACCAACAUAGUUCUUGAUUUCGUAAAUGUGUCUGAGUUUUGAGAAACACACGCCUGAAAAUGGUUGAAGACAUUAUCAUGGCUUGAUAUCUGUCAGCUUUGUUUUUCAAAUAGACCUCACUUACUCUUCACGUUAUGUGCUUAAAUUGUCCAUUACAAACAUAAAUACAAAUCAGUUGAUCUUCUCAGCAGGACACUUUUUGAUCAUGUAGUGCUCCCUAGAGUUAUGUUACAUGAUCUAAAAUAACUCCACAGCCUGUGCAGCUUAGAAGCUAAUAAUAUAGUCUAAUAAUCUCAAAGACAUUUCCCGAACUGUGAGAUCUCUUUGCCUUAUGUGAAGUUCAUGUAAAUGUACAUGUAAAAGAAAGUAAGAAAUAAAUAUAGACCUGGUUGUCAUGUUCUUUCUUCUUCUUCUUUAAUUCAGAUGAAGUGACCAGAAACUAUUUACCACAGUCAAAAAAGGAACCCCUAAUAAGGGAUUGUUGUCUGUUGCCAUGGUUCCCAGACAAACUGACAGACAAGGAAUGGCUAGAACAGUUAUCUUCUGAGUUUACUUUGGAAUAUGCAAUAAAACAACUUAGUGAUGUGCAGAUGAAGGUUUGCAUUUAUUUUUCAGUGAAAAGGGAUUGCAACUUAAAGAAACGGGGCCAACUUUUAAGUUUAACUGCUGUGUUGUUGAAAAAUGUUCAAAAUCUGAUAAUGCUUUGUUUUGAUUUUUUACAGUCAUUUGAUAUCUUUAUUGCCCCCGCAGGGAUUUCGCCCAGAAGGCGAAAUCCCAAGGAGGCACUCUAGUAACUCGCGCGUAUAUUAAGGAAAGUACUUACAGUUGAAAUAUACAGUCAUACAGUCAAUAUAGAAAAAAUCUCGAUUUGCUUGAGCAGGGGCCGCGAGGAAUCGGUAGGUAAUGAUGACGUUUCUAUUGUUUGCGCCCGCAAGUACGAAAUGGUUAGGAUGACGUAAAACACAAAAAAUCCUGAAGGAACAGCUUACAAUAGGUAGAUUUUGUGACAUUAAUUGUGCAGUCACACUUCGAUACUCUUUUGCGUUACGUGUUAUCAGUGACAUUCUGUGGAGCAGUUGUUAUGAAAGUUAUGGACCAAAAGACACUCGUUAAGCGCAGAUGAAGUUAUAAGGUGCGUAGAACAGUGUAUAUUUUAACACUAAGUGAGUUUGCCAGACACGAGUUCACAAAUCAUUGAUUGGAAACCUUCAGCUGAACCUUGCCAGACACUCUUUCUCUCUCUUUGACCGGAAUAAGACUCGGCCCAAAACAAGCAAGACGAGCCAAUGAUUCAACUGGUAGCUUAUCACUCGCAGAACUAUGGACGAUUACAGGAAUUCGCCGACCUUCAAAUUCUUUGCUGACUUAUUCCCUGCUCACAGAUGUCCUUUCCUUAUAAAGUUUAAAAUAAGACUAGAAUGCGCGAGCGUGAAUUGAUCAAACGUCCUUUUAAUUUCUAAGGCUUACUUUCCGGGAAAUAAAAUGAACUAAAUGUAAAAAGUGAAAUAGAAAUAGCAAAAAUUUAAACUUCUUAUUAAAUCUUUUCUUAUGGUUUAGAAUAAACUAUUCUUGAAACUGAGAAUGAUUAUAUUUUGAUCAAAGCUGUGUAAAUCGAACCGAAACUGUGCAUGGAACCUUGCGCUUAUUUCCUGUAUUUACCUCACCUAUUGUAUGGAAAAUGUGUGGACAUCUUCAUUAUGAAUCGGUAUAUUUCAAAGAGGUACACAAGGAGCAAGAAUACUAUAUACAGAGCGGGGGCAGCUGUAGUUUCAACUAUUACUUGUUUUAGAGUUAUAAUUUCUGCUUAUAUUUGACCAAAAAACGUGGAGAUCACUAUGACAUAACCCCUUUAAUACUGAAUCUUUCUUUACCCAAAAGACUAGAACAAAGUAGACUGAAAUAUUCUAUUAAGGCCAGGAUGCGCCCUUUCUAAGCAACCCAUUUGCAAGCCAAACGAAUUAAUUGUUUGUAUUUACCAUCUAGGACUGGCAAGGUGAGAUAUUCCCUAGACCUGACAAAACUGAGGGUCUCACAUCACUUGCAAGUGACACUGAUAAAAUUUAUCGCGUGUUCACUGAUGUUGUAGAAGUAAAAAAAAACCUGACACAUCCAAGAUUUGUUCAGGUGGACAACAAGGAAGAUGCUGAUAUUCUUUGGAUCAGAGGGCAUUUUAAAGAUUUCAGGUGUGUAGCAAAUCCAUGUCUACAUGUUAAGAAUUACCUCAUAAAAUUAAUAUAUGCAAAGUCAUUUUGUUUUAUAUCAACAGGUAUCCCAUUCAAUAUUAUCCGGGGUACCCUGAGGGUACCCUUUUUUGCCCCUCAUGAUAUUACCAGGGAAAUGAGUUUCUGUAAUUGGGUGGUGAUGAUGGCUUGAAACGUUUACCUAAUUCCCUUUCUCCUUGUGAUAGUUAAUGACUAUCGCUCGUACUAAUCGAAGAAUGUUUAUCGUCUAGAUCUUUGCAAGACAGUGCAAAAUUCAUAAAUCAGUUUCCAAACGAAUGUACCCUGACGUGUAAAGACCUCUUAGCAUCGGUGUGUCAGAAUGCAACUGCUCUAAAAAGCGGCCAAGAGGAAGAUUUACUCAGAAGGGGACCCGAAUGGCUUCCUGUUACGUUUAACCUGACCCUUGAACUUCCACUAUUUAUUGAUCAUUAUCUCAAGAGAAAGAAGAGGUAGGACAUAAAGGAGGGUGAUCGCUUAAAGACUGAAUGACUUACUAUGCAAGCAUUGACUGUGCCAUUAAUUAAGGCGAACACAUGUAGAAGCACCAAAUGACAGCCCAUUUUAGAGUUUCUCUAAGCGUCUUCCGAGAGUUCAAGCAACGACGCUUAUGGCAGCAAAAAAGGUCACUAACGGUGAAUUUCCGUUCUUUCAAACGACAUCGCGACUUUUACAACUCGCCUAAUUGUGAGAUACAUAUAAGGGUUUCUGGAGUGCGUCGUGGGGCGUCCACCUCUUUUAUAAAGUGCUGCAUUAGUAAGUUUUACGUUGGAGUCGUGUAGAGAACGACGAAGAAGUGUAUCGAAAACGUUCUUGUAUGCACGUAUAGUGUUGUUUGCUCAUAAAAACGUCAAUUGAUUUUUUGGCGUAGUUGUUGCUGUUGUCGUUGCAGUUUUCUUAAGCCUAGUUUCCAUCGUCGUGAUGGAACCAUCUGUCUCCAUGAGUAAGGGGCUGUGAAGAUCGAGACUCCACGGUCCAGACAUUUCUGUGGAAACCAGACAAUAUGUAGGCUUCGAUUUUAUCCUGGUGAAGGCAGCCCAAAUCCUCUGGAUUGUUCCGUUUCCAGAUGACUGAGUAGUCAAAAACGUCCGGACUAUUAUGUGAAAACCAGACUAAAGCGUUCGUUCAACAGAGCGAGUCCCGAUGCACAACCAAUCACACAAAAUGAAUCAUGCCUGCUUUCUAUGUAAAGCAAUAGAAACACCUGCUCGUGCAUGCAUCUUAUUUUUUGUCUUCAAGUUGCUGAAGCCUACAUUGCCUUGUAUCGCCAGCCCCUAUCCCAAGCCUGUUUCACAUUUAAUCACGCCUUAGGGAAAUUGAAAAAAAAAAAUUAAAGGAUAGUGAGGCCCAACACGCUUGAUAGCUCAUCCUUAUUUUUUUUAGAUGUAUAGUAUUCUAAUAUAGGUUUUGGUUAUGGUUUACAUAAAAAAAUUCCUUGUUUUUCAGAGGGCUUGACAAUCACUGGAUAUGUAAACCAUGGAACCUUGCAAGAGCUAUUGAUAGUCAUGUGACGUCAAACUUAAACUACAUCAUACGAUUAAGAGAAACUGGGCCUAAGGUUUGUAUUGGUUAGUGGUUAUUAUAGAGAGAGUACUCAGAAGAGUAAUGGUAAACACAUUUACUAGGUGCUCGUCUAAUUUUUUGUUAAUUCUUUUGAGAUCGUUUCAAUUGAUUUCUGUGUCUGACUCUAGUGAAAUUGUAACGUAACCGCUUGAGCUGAUUUGGAGCAGUGUAUUUUUUUGGUAAUUGACUCACCUUCCUUUUUUUGUCAGCUCUUGGGAUAGGCUACCAUGUUAUAAUAAAAAGGAAAAUUAAAAUAUCCUUUCCGCCAAAACUAGGAAUGUGACCGGGAAUGCCAUUUUUAGAGGGAAGGGAUAGUCUAAGCUUUUCAAAAUCCAAAAUAUAUCAAGGUCUUGCUUUCUUGUGGAAAAAAAGGAUUUUGUUCGUUUGAAUUCUAGGGAUUAUCAAAUUUAAAAAUGAAAGGAAAGUCGAAACAAAUUCUGGUGGUAAUGGCACCAUCGUGCCACCAUUGUCUACUUAGGUGGUUUUGCAAGGUUCACACAGUUGCCUUCACGGGACUUAAAUGGCCAAAAAAAUUCUUGGCCAGGUUCGGCUUUUUGCUAUUCAUGUUUACCUUGCGCAAGAAUGGGCUGUGUCUUACGCUAAAAUCCAAAUCUAUAUGUUAGAUGGAUUAAAAAUAAAUGACUAAACGGUGAUCAGAAAACAGAUUUUUGCUAUGCCAACCAUACCAAUGCAGCAAGGCGUAGCCUGGGACCAGGCUCCUCAGUGGGGGAAAAGGCCAAAUGGGGGUAAAAUAGGAAAAUUGGUGGGGAGCGGUGGUCUGGAGAGUCGCCUCGCUCGCUAAUGUUUUUGCGCGCACGCCGAUUUUUUCUCCUUUUUCCCCCAAUGCGUAGCCUGGGCCCAGGCUAGGCAAGGCGUUUUACGCCCGCGCAGACCAAAUUUCUCAAAUUUCUACCCGAAAGAGACACUGAGAAUUACGAAUCUCAGGAAUCUGGAUUCCAUUUUUUUUUGCUGAAUCCACGCUGAGAGUAGAUUCAAAGGACUCAGAGUCGUUUUUCUCAUUCAAGUAAAGACAUUUUUAGAUUUAAUCAUCUAGUUUCGGGUUCUCCCCCCAAAACGCUGCCAUAACCUUUCGAUGAAGGUUACGAGAGCUGUUGUUUAUCAAAUUUUCUUCCUUCUUUCUUCAGGUUGCCUGUAAGUAUAUCGAGAAUCCGGUUCUGUUUCAUCGUGAGGACGUCGGUCGAGUAAAAUUUGAUUUUAGGUAUCUGGUUCUCCUCUCAUCCGCCAAACCGUUGGUACUAUACGCAGACAAAGUAUUUUGGCUGAGAUUUGCAAAUCAGUAAGUUUAUAACCUGAUUUUGUAAUUCCACCGUUUUGGAAUGCGAUAAAUUUUCUUUCUUUGAUAGACAAUUGCACAGAAAAAUAUUUUAUUAUUCUUUUUCAGACCUUUCUCAAUGGAUUCUUUUGAUGUCUACUCCAAGCACUUUACGGUUAUGAAUUACAGAGACAGUGAAAACUUAAAGCAGGUUUGUUUUUCUUUCCUGUACAUGGUAUUUUCUUUAUUUUGUAAGGGCCGGCUGAAAUCCAACAGGCUACAUUGUAAGGAGUGUUUCACCAGGACUCGGUAAAGAAUCUUACAGAUAUUCUGUAACAGACUGAAUGAGAGGUUUGAAUUACAAAGGCGAAAUCGCCUAUUUUUGUUUUUUAACGGUCAUUGCUAAAUGAAACUUGAGUCAUGGUAGAUGUAAGGUAUGCCCUGGAUUACGUUGCAUUAAGGCAAAACAAAAUUAUUAAUUUAUUUUUGAAUAUACAGUCGACUCCCAAUAACUCGAACCCUCGCUAAUUCGAACCUUGCGCUAACUCUUACCAAAAUCGAUUUCCCAUGGAUUUCCUUCAUACAUUUACUGUAAUUUUACCCUCGAUAACUCGAACGUCCCGCUAACUCGAAGUAAUUUUUGUUUCCCUCUCAGAUCAUUCUAUAUAAUUUUACUCUCGAUAACUCGAACCAUAUUUUGAGUGCUUAGAAAGUCGGGGAAAAAACAGUGUAUUGGCGUCCGAAACAAUGAAUUUUGAAUUUCCCAUUGACGUGUUGUAGGCGUAUAGUUUACUAGUUGAGGCUAAUGUUUGUCACAACCUAACGUGAAACAGCUUUACUUCUCAAAACAGUAAAACGCAUUCUCUUUUUAGGCUAUGGUUUGUUACUUUACGUUCUGAUUUAAAAUUUAUAAGUAUCUUUCAAUUUUCACUUAACGUUUCCACUAACAGUUGAAUAUAAUAAAAAUGUUCAUUGUACAGCAAAAACUGUUUCUUUUUUCCCUUACUUCCGGCGGUUACUUUUUUUGAACUUUUUUAGAUUUCCUUUGAAGGUUCGAAUUAUCGGAAGUCGACUGUAAAUGUUAUAAAGGAGGAGGUUUAAGCUCAAGUUUAGUUUUCGUUGAAACCUCGUGUACGUUUUUAAAACCAGUUUUGUGAAUUGUGAGGAGCCUUCCUUUCACAAAUGUCUCAUUUCAAGGUCAAGACCCUGAUUCCAAAUAUUACCCAGUUACCCGUAAACAUUUUGAUCAACAUAUUUAUGAAGUAAUCUUAUUACCUUAUGAAUAUACAAUUAAUGAAAUAUAUUUCAGCUUGCUUUGAUGUUAACAAAGUAACUUAAUAAUUGUCAUAUGAUGUAAUUUUAAUUUUUCUUCUUAAAAUAGCUUUUGCAAUACUGUAUGUACUUGGGUGGUUAUGAAAAAGAAGCUUGUUGUUGUUGUAUCUCAUUCCCUUGUUACUGCGACAGGGGUUGCUAUGUUUUCAGACAGUCAGAUCGCAACGAAAGUAUCAUGUCAACUGACUUUUUAACAUUCUUUUUCUUUUCUAACAGGUGCACCACCAUGAAUUUAUACCCAUGUUCGAGCAGCAAUAUCCCAAUCAUAAAUGGGCAGAUAUAGAGGUAUUUAAAGCAUAGAACAUUCGUCAGUUGAGUUCAGAAAAUAUCUGUUUGAGAUUAGUUGUGCCAGUUGUAGGCAGAAUAGCAUGAAGUUAUUGUGUUCCUGUAAUACUCCCCUCUCUGAUGAAAAAUACACCACUCCACCGGGACUACAAACAACGCUGUGGGCUACUUUUGCGUCCCAUUCAAAAACAGAGAGCUUUAGAUUCUGCAUGAACGAGUACGACGACGAGUUCGAGAUUUUGUCAGUGCUAAGUAGUGUUCGCGCGUGAAACAGCGUCAUUUUGGCGGGAAAACGUGAUAGGCGUCGUCGUUCUUCUCCGAGUUUUAGCGAGAAUGUCGUAGUGGCCGAAACAAGUUAUCAAAUGUUAGAAGUUUUAUCAUUUUGCGAUCGGGACAAGGCUUAACCUCCUGCAAUAAAGAUAACAUUAUUAACUUUUCUGAGGGAAAAAGGAACAAUGAAGCAUUCCGGGGUGUCUAUUUUUUGACAUUUUACGCGAAAAAACUUUCAAUCAAGUCUCUUGCUCACAGUCUUUCUCAUCCUCCAAUCUUAAGGUCUCCAAUACUCUGUAAGGCCCUCGUAGUGGGAGUUCAUUGGGCUGCUGACUGCGCGAGGCAGUAGUUUAAUAUUUUGGGAAGUAUAGAUUAUAAUUACUCUUUUUUUCGGCUGGAGUGGAGAGCUACUCCUAACCCAUGGAAUUGGAUAGAGAUAAAUAUACAGUCUGUAGAUAGCCGUUUGAAACAAGAAACGAUUGGCAUUAUUUUUAACUGGGACAUUUCCGCAACGCACCCCCUCCCCCACCCAUCUCUCUGCCUCUCAAGCACGACGGUAUAUCGUAUUCUUAUUCAAUGGAUGCACAUACCGACACACGGAGGGAGAUUUGCAUCACGUUUUGAAAGGGAAAACAUUUAUCAAAAGAUUUAAACUUCAAGAUCAUUGUAGAAAAAACUUAAAAGAAACUCAUCGUGGCAUCGGAUUUUUCCGAUUUUAGGCAUAAAUAUAGGACUGAUACCCUCACGCAAGAAUAUUUCUUUUCGGUAUAAGUCUGUUUGCAAGAUUUUGUUUGAAAUGACCCACCCACCCCCAAUAAUUUUUUUUUGACCGGAAACGUAACUUUAUCCGUCUUCCAUUGUCUUUUUGCUGCACAGAUGACGGCUGCCAGUUUUCGAUUGGGCUUUGCAACCCGGCAGCUCAAUUAAAAGACAAAAUGGCGGACGGAUCUCCCUGAAGGCUUUGCGUGUCCUUCUCCCCCUCCAAUGCCAAUCAAACUCAUUUCCCAACUGGAAAAGGUCUUGUAUUUGGCCUCGCUUUGAUAUUGAGAGUUUUUAGAACUCGGAAAAGGCCUAUUAAAGGAAGGUGCUUAGAAGAAGGAAGGCGCUAAUUCGACAUUUCAUUUUUGCUUUUUGAUAACAAGGCUAAGGUAUUUAAGAUGUUCCGAGAGAUGUUCGAAGCAGCAGUGUCCGACUCACCACCAAAGAUCUUGAUGCACUGCUCACAGGUAAGAUAUCAGGUUUUUCAUGCUCGGAUCUGUUCCAUUUUAAUUUUUGUCCCUUCAAGUUUACGAAUGACUCCCCAUCAAACAGCAUUUUAACAUCUUUGAACUUAGAUGGAGCUUAGUGUAGAUACAUUACUCUUUGUUUAGAAAAUACAUAUGUCAUCUUUUUGUCGCUUUACCUCAGCGAAUGUUUUGGCGGCCAUGCAUAAAUAUUAUCCGAAAAACAAACAGUCGAAGUUCAUUGUGCAAAAUUGAGAAGUCGGGGGUCGCGACGUCGCUGCUUGAUAUGACCACUCGCGUUACAUACGAAAAAAACACCACUCUCUUCCAGGAUUUAAUGGUCAUAUUGGUUCUACAAAUAAUGCUUUCAUCAUCAUCACCAUCAUGUCUGAACGCGCCGGUAGGUGCAUAAGGCCUCUCUACGAAUGCUUUAGUUUGUAAUAAAACAACAGUGUCGUAGAAACGGUGCCAAAAUGGAGUAACGGUUUUUACUGUGUGUUGAAACGUCUUUUCUCUUUCUAGUCCCGUGCGUUUUAUGCUGUGGAUCUUAUGCUGAAAUGGGCUGACGAUGGUACGUUUUGUAGUUGGCAAUGUAAAUAUGUUGCAUGAAAAUUGUUAAAAACCUUAUGGACCGCAUCUUAUCAGACAUGAAUCAGUUGUUAUCUUUUAGACAAUCAGAGACUGCGGGGUGAAGCCAUCCGUACAUCUGCGGGCAUUAUUAAAACUCGGAACACUGGAAUAUUUCGAAACACCCCAGGAACAACCUAGUAAAGCUGACAAUUAGUGAAAUAAAGGCAAACAUAAAUCGUUAACCCUAACUUUUAAUCUAAUGUUUUCCAGUUUUUGUUAGUCACUUUACAUGUUCCGUGAGAUUCGGAAAUGUUCCGCGUUCCAGCUUUUAGUAGAGGCGUUCAGUACUAAGAUUCAGGCAUAAUUGCCUGGUUACAUCUAACCCACGUUUUGCCUUAAGUGAGACGAUAUUUUUUCUUUUACUGAUAGGCACAGACCAGAUGAUUCCCCAAGUUUUGGAGGUGAAUUACUGUGCCGACUGCGAGAGAGCGUGCCGCUAUCAUCCAGAAUUUUUCAACUAUAUUUUCAGUCUGCUCUUCCUUGGCGAUUCCAAUGGUUGGCCUGUGGAAGAGCUAUAAUGACAAACUGGCCUACAAUUUGGUGUGUGUCAAUGGUGCUGUUUACGAAAAAUGUACAAAAAUGAAUGUUCAAUUCUUGUAAAGUAACGAGCGGCUCGCGUGCCAUUGAUUGCGAUAUCAAGUUUUUCGGAGGAAGACCAGAUUUUUAUCAUUUGAAGAGCACUGUACGGUCGUGGAAGAAACUCAUCAGGCGGCGCCAGCCUUACUAUUUACUUUUAGAACAGUGAG